AUGGCCAAGGGGGCAGCCUCCUCAGCGCUGGAAGACAUGGAUCUGAGCGGAGAGGAGGUGCAGCGGCUCACCUCCGCCUUUCAGGACCCAGAGUUCCGCCGAAUGUUCUCCGAGUACGCCGCGGAGAUCACGGACCCUGAGAACCGGAGGCUCUACGAGGAGGAGAUCACAGCACUGGAGCGGGAGCGUGGGGUGGAGGUGCGGUUCGUGCACCCUGAGCCGGGCCACGUGCUGCGUACCAGCCUGGACGGGGAGCACCGCUGUUUCGUGAACGUGUGCAGCAACAAGCUGGUAGGCUUACCCAGCAGCCGACCGGGCCCCGGGCGCGGCGGCACCGCAGCUGGCAGCCACUGGUCCCUGCCCUAUAGCCUGGCCCCGGGCCGCCAGUAUGCCGGCCGCAACGGUGCCCGCUACACCGUCUACGACGUGGUCUUCCACCCCGAAGCGCUGGCGUUGGCCCGGAGCCACGAGCGCUUCCGCGAAAUGCUAGACGCCACGGCCCUGGAGGCAGUGGAGCAGCAGUUCGGCGUCAAGCUGGACCGCAGGAACGCCAAGACGCUAAAGACCAAGUACAAGGGGACGCCCGAGGCCGCAGUGCUCCGCACGCCCCUUCCCGGGGGCGUCCCGGCUCAGCCCGACGAGGAACCAUCAGGGCUUCUCCCGGACCCACCAUACCCAUACCGCUAUCCCGCGGCGGCGGAGAGCACCGCCCGCUCGCCCGCGUCCCCGGCUCCCGAGUCCGUGCAGCGCCCGGAGCCCACCGAGCCGCGCUGCUCCGUGGUGCAGCGCCACCACGUCGACCUCCAGGAUUACCGCUGCUCGCGGGACGCGGCCCCAAGCACCGUGCCGCACGAGCUGGUGGUCACCAUCGAGCUGCCGCUGCUGCGCUCGGCCGAGCGGGCGGAGCUGGAGGUGAAGGGGAAGCUGCUGUGCCUGGACUCCAGGAACCCCGACUACCGGCUGCGGCUCUCGCUGCCGUACCCGGUGGACGACAGCCGCGGCAAGGCACAGUACAACAAGGCGCGGCGGCAGCUGGUGGUCACGCUGCCGGUGGCGCUGGCGGCCGCGCGACAGGACCUCCCGGCGACACCGGAAGAGCCCACGGACAAGACCGGAACUGACGACACAGCCUGCGCUUCCGCGGGCGAAUUUGCAUCGGCGUCGGUAGAGUCUGCAGAUAGGACCGGAGCUGACCACGGGGAGAAGAGCCGUGUGGCAACCCCAGACCCCGGGGCUGCAGACGCUGAAGGGGAGCUCGUUCCCGAGCCGGAGCAGGACUCGGUGGCACCUCUAGGCCUCGGGGAAGGGACUCCUCCUGGGGCCCGAAGCCUCCCUUACUCGGCUUUCCCGGGCGGCGGCGACGCCGAACCCCCCGUGGAAAGGCCGGGAGUGUGCGGAGAUUUCAGUGUCCAGACGAGUGAGGAGCAAGAGGGUACCCGGCACGACACCUCGGGCUCAGCCAUGGGUGACCCCGGCACCGAGGGCAUCGAACCCUUGUGCCCUCCUUUACAGUGUCAUCAGGACGAAGGCUCCUUGACUUUGCUCAUUCAAGUGCCCGGGAUUCAGCCGCAAAGUCUUCACGGGGAUCUGCGCCCCCUCAGUUACGAAUUGUGCUUCUCCACACAAGACUCAGGUUAUUCCUUCACUUUGCAGUUUGCCCCAGAGAAUAAAUUGAGUACCAAAGAACCCGAGAUUAGCAUUUCUUUAAAUAAUGCAGUCAUAGUGCUGGCAAAAUCUCCAGAGAGCCACGGACAUUGGCGAGAGUGGUAUUGUGGCUUGAACGACGAUUCUUUGGAGGAAAGAUUGUUUAUCGAUGAAGAAAAUGUUAAUGAGUUUCUUGAAGAGGUCCUUUGCUCCCCACUGAAGCAAGCAAGGUCUCUAGCCCCACCACUGAUUGAGGUUCUCCAGGUUACUGAUGAUCAGAUUCAGAUCCAUGCAAAGUCUCAAGAAUGUAGUGAUCCUGAUGGGCUUCAAGGCAAGGAAAAAGGAGUCAAAGAAGGAUGUCCUCUAAGUGAAAAAGAAAACACUGAACAUUCUACCACCUCUACAGCUGAUUCUGAUUCAUCUGUAGCAGUUGAAGCACCAAAAAUAAACACUUGUGUUUCAGCUGUAGGCCUUCAGCACAGCUGUCCUGAUGUUCCUCACGUGCUGUCUGGGAAACCUCGGCAACCAGAGGCAAACAUGGAUCCUGAGUUUAUAAGAGAAAGCAGUACUGCCUGCUUAGCUGAGAAAAAGGAAAAUAUAAAAGAGCCAGUAAUAACUAAGGAAAAAAAAAUAGAUGGAGAUCACCUGUCUUCAUUACUGAACAAAACUGUAAUUCAAAACAUACCUGACUUUGACACUAUAAAAGAGACCAAUAUUCAGGAUGGUAAUGUGCAGAUCAUUAGAGACCACACGACUCACUGUGCAUUCAGUUUUCAGAAUUCCUUGCUAUAUGAUUUGGACUGAUGUAUAUAAUUUUGAAAUUUAAAUGUUGAGUAAAAAAAAAAUU